CUGCCAAACGCAACCUGCCGGCGGAAUCCUCUCAGCUUACCAAACGCAACCUGCCGGCGGAAUCCUCUCAGCUUACCAAACGCAACUUGCCGGCGGAAUCCUCUCAGCUUACCAAACGCGCCCGACCAGGGGAAGUCACUUCGGACGAUUUAAACAACGGCAAACUAGUGCUUCAAGUGGCUAAAGCAGGGGGUUUCGUUGCUCUUAACGUCCUUGAGAAGCUGUUGAUCGCUGCCAUCAGUGUUUCAGCAUUUAUUUCACCAGCUAUGCCAGCUGGCAUACUGGCAACUGGUCUUCUGAGUGCAGCACUGGCUGGAGUGUCACUGACAAAGGAUUAUGUUGGUGAUGAAGCAAAAUUAGAUGUUGCUACUUUAAAAAAUGAAUUUAGAAAUCUACAUUCUAAAAUGGACGGCCAUUUUAAAGAUCUGAAAUGGGAUGUCUGGGCUGCUUCAGUUUACCACCAGCAAGAGCAGAAAAUCAAUGUACAAUGGGAUUUGUUCUUAAUAAUGAAUGAUGCUGUUUUGAAGGCAACAGAUGACAAAGCAAAGAUGAAACAUAUAAAUGAGUUUGUGGACAAAUACGAUCCUAAGCAUGUAAUUGCAUUGUAUAAUGUGCUGAAGGAUGAAGAGGCAGUGUUCAAGAAUAAGUUUAAAGUAAUGCUUCGUGAACAUGUUAACUGUCAUGAAAAGGCGCUUGCCAUAAUCACUGACCGUAUUAGUCUGCUGAUAUACAAGGGCAACACAAUGAGUCAGUUAUACUACGCUGCCAAGGGCUUACUGUGUGAGGCCAGAGAGGAAUCGCAAGUUGCAAUUGCAUAUGAUGUAUUAUUGCUUUUGUCCGAAGUCCAUAAGGACAGCGUUUCUCACAGCAUGGAAUGUGUUCAAAAUGAUGUAAAAGGAGUCAUUGACAAACACACUGCCAAUGACCGUCAAAAGCUAGCCGAUGAUGUCUGGAAGUAUUUGAAUGAGAAUUAUGACCAGUACGACUGGAUGGUGGUGGCAUUUAUAUCUAAACACUCCUCUAGUGUCUUUCCAACCCUGAGGAGCCACAUCUUGACAUAUUUUACUAGUGUGUCAAAUGAUAAGGUCACUGUGAGUGUAGCCAGACAGGUGAAAGGCUCUCAGACAUCACAGAUAAAAGACAUUACAGACGCCAUUACCAGCUGCGUUGGGACAACCACUCUGUGCUAUAAGGUGGCAGAGACACUCCGUUUAUGUGACAGAAAGGUGGGACCAUGGGGCGCAGGAGUCCUGGUGACCGAGACAUAUACGGCUGUACACGCCUUCACGAGGAAAGCUCAUGACAGCCACAAUUGUAAGGAGAUGGAGGAGGAGGUCAGUGCCUUUCCAGGAGUACACUCGGUUAAGACUCCUUAUAUCUACUCUGGGGCCUGUAAAGAGUCCCCGGGCAUGAAGGGUGGCAAGUUUGUUGUCAUGAUUAAAAGUGAGGAAGAAAUUAUUGGUAAAAAAAAUCCCUGCGAAAGGAUGAAUUGUGGUGGGGGUCAGUGUGUUUCUAUGAUGUCCCAUGGCAUCUUUCGGGCCCUGUGCGAGUGUAAAUAUCCAUACUAUGGCGAGCAAUGUGAAAAGACCAUAGAGAUUUACAAGAAAGAGUUGAAGAAACAGGGCCAGGAUAAUAUAGCCACACGAAAUAUAUAGGUCCGUAAUAUAUAGGUCCGUAAGCCCCGAUUUCCACCAGAUCCAUCUACGUUUCAUUCCGUCUGCAUUCUCGACUCUUGCCACGCCAAUGCAGCUUGUAGUCGCCACUAGACUCGCUGCUUGUCAUUCCACCCGCUGCACCACGACACGUUUCAGAGGUGUUUCAGCACAUCGACGCUCUGCUUUGCUUUAAAUUUUAUAAAAUAAUAAUAAAAUAUUCUAAAUAAAAAAUAUUCAUAAUAAAAUAUUCUAAUCUAAUAUUUGUCUUAAUCUUGAGGACUAAAGAUAUUUAAUGUGUGUGCAGAAAUAACUUUACAUUUUUACAACAAUUUGCUUUGUGGACAAGAUGCUCUGCUCACCAUCACACUAUUUGCAGUGCAUCUAGUCCACUUUGUAAACAGAUAUAAGAGUUCUGGUGCAUUUCAUGAGAUUUUCUGAUAGGCCCUACCUUUAAUAUUUCUAAGUUUAGCUACUCAUGGUGUAUUAACUUCUGUGUAAACAGUUCUGUGUAAGAUCUUACUGGUGAAAAUGGCAGCUGAGACCUGAAACAAGGUGUGAACAUCCCAACACAAAUCCACAGAGCCUGUUCUAUUACAUUGGCUGGUACUGAGAGGAGAUCGGUCUUAGAGCUAUUUCCAUAAACUAUGGCAGCGUAUCAGAGUUAGUCAAAUCUGAAGGGAGUAUGGCCUUCUGUAGCCUAAAUCAUUUCUAUUCUAAUCUGCACCAAUUCCAAAAUUAAAUUUUGAAACCAAUUAGCAAAGUUUCUUGAAUUUAUGUUAGAAAAAGUUUUUGUGUGUGUAUGCUCAUGAACAUGGCAAUCAGAAAAAAAUAAUGUUAUUGCAUCAUCAGCUAAUAAGAAAAAUGAAGUUAAUGCAUCAUCAGUUGAUAGAUGGAGCUUUAGCUCAAAGCUAAAGCGUAAAGUAAAGAGCCUCUGUACUCAGGCAGGAGGGAGUCUAUGCCAUCCAUUAAGUCAAUUAAUAAUAUUAAUAUUAUCAAUAAUGAUUGUAAUAAAUUAUUUAUCUCUGUGGGACAUUUUCACUGAAGUGGACAACAUGUGGACAAAAUGUGAAAUUAUCUUUUUAUUUGAAAUUAUUUCAAAUUCAAACAUGACUUUUGACUGUAUUCAUGUGUAUUCAUUUUUAUCUGUUCCCAUAUUUCUCUUUUAUUUUACUUAGACCCACCUGGGGCAAGAAACAAAAUACCAAAUAUAUAUUUGAUACAUACACUGUUAAAUACAUUACAAGUUUCAUUCAAUUUGUUUUAUGCUUCCAUACAAAUGUUAUGAUCACUUCCUGCCUGGCCAUGUGACCUGAUUGGGCAGAGUUUAAACCAAUGAAAAUGCUUUUCCUGCUUUAAGCUUCUGUCCUGCUUUUGCAAGUUGCUAAAAUAAAUAAAAAGAUACGUUU